AGCCCCACUUCCGGUGUCCUCCCUGCCGUCGGGAUGCGGCGGGGGAUCGUGGCUUCCCCGGGGCCCGCUUCGGCCCUCCUGGGUCGCUGUUUCCCGGGCCUGCCGCUCUUGGCGGCGCCGCGCCGCGGCCGGAAGUCCCGCACGGACCCCCCGGCCAAAUCCAAGCUCGGCCGGAUCAAGCUCCCGCCGCCCGUCGACCCGGCCGAGCUGCUGGUGGUGCAGGAGCGCUACCGCCACUAUCUGAGCAUUCUGCGGACGCUGAGGGCCGAGUUCAGACACGAGGUGGAGCAGCGACGCUACGCGGAGAAGUACGGCGACGUGGGGAAGCAGCGGAAGGAGGCCGCCAUGGAGGAGCAUCGGCAGCUGAUGGCCUUCAACGAUGCCGAGAACCGGCGUCUCCAGCAACGGAGGGAGGAGCGCCUCCGAAGGGAAGAGGCUGAAGUGAAGGAGCGGCGGCUGCGUGGAGACCAGAACAGGGCCCUGCAUCUGGAGAAACUGCUCGAGGAGAGGGAGAGAGAGGUGCUCCAGCUGCAGGAGGAAGCCAAAGACUUCGUCACCCUCGACAACCUGGAGGAGAAGAUCGAGGAGUGCUUGAACAAUCCCCGCAACUACAAUUUUGCCGUCGACAAGGACGGGCGGGUGGCCAAGCGGAGCGUUCUGUCUUAGGGGCCUCCCCAGAGAGUCGACCGUCUCUUCCUUCCAGACUCGGGAUAACAACAAACUCAGCAGGGUCGAUACCCCGGCCUCCAGAUCACCAGACCAGCUGAUGUCGAUUUGGGACUUUGUGUCGGGAGAACUUUUGCGGCUCCUCUUCACUGGGAGCUGUUGCUUUGCAGGAAUAA